AUGCAUGUGUCAUUGUGGCAGAAGCAGGAGCGGGGCAGUGAGGCUGGAGGGGAGACCAGAGAGCUGCACCGUGCCGAGACCGACCCCCCAACCCUGGACGCAGCCAUCCAGAACGCCCUGGCAGGCCUCUACCCUCCUUUUGAGGCCACAGCGCCCACUGUCCUGGGGCAGGUGUUCCACCUCCUGGACGCUGACUUCCGGGGGGAUGGGCUGAGCUUCCUCCUGGAUUUCCUGAUCCCAGCCAAGCGCCUGUGUGAGCAAGUCCGAGAAGCAGCCUGUGCCCCCUAUACACACUGCCUCUUCCUGCAUCAGGGCUGGCCGCUGUGCCUGCAGGACAAGGUUGUGGUCCACCUGGCCCCCCUCAACCCCCUCUUACUGCGCCAGGGCGACUUCUACCUUCAAGUUGAGCCUCAGGAGGAGCAGUCUGUCUGCAUCAUGAUCAAGUGCCUCUCGUUAGACCUCCGCACAGUGGACACGAAGCCUGUUCCCGCGUCAUCCUACCCGACACUGUUCACCCAGGAGUGGCUGGAGGCCUUCAACAAUGACUUUGAGGGAAGUCCCCUGCACAACUGCCUGGUCGCUUCAGAAGAGGGGAUUGUUCCUGUGCCCUGGACCAAGAUAACCAGCCCAGAGUUUGUGGAUGACAAACCCCAAGCAGUGACUGUUCUCUCCCCGGCCUGGGGUUCCCUUCAAUUGGAGGCACUGGAUUUGAGUGGCUCCCAAGAGCUGCACCAGGCCAGGUCUCCAGGCAGCCAGGUGCUUCUUGGCCAGAGCUUGGCCAAGGGUAAGGACAAGACAUAUGAGAUUAAGUACCCCGGACUUAUCAAGGUGGAGCAAGCCAGGCCUGGGGAGGUGGCCUUCAGGAUGGACGAUGUGGCCAGCCAGAACUUAGAGGGAGAGUAUGUGGCUCUCCUGGACUUUUCCCAAGAGAGCAGAGGAGAGCCUGUGAGUAGGGAGGCGGACACAUCCCAUGGGUGUCCUAUUGGGGCACUGGAGGAGCUGUCUGGAACUAAAGAAAUCCCUUUGCCCCAAGGGAGGCUGCCUCUCUCAGGGGCCAGUGGGGGACCUCCCCUGGGAAAGUGUGCUUGUGCAAAGCCAGCAAGCUUGGAGGAAGAUCCCUACAUUUUGAGCUUGAGGAGAAAGGUCGACCAUAAAGCCCCCUCCCACAACUUAGCACGCCAACCCCAGGAGCCCUACCUCAACGUCCCUGAGAACCCACUGCACUGUGCCUCUGGCCUCAGGACAGAUGUCUCGGAAGAGUCAGCUGCCUCCAAGAUGCAGGGGCCUCUGGGAAACCCAGAGGAUGUGGUCCAGCUCAGGCCUGGGCAAAAACAAGCAUCCUGUCCCCAGCUGUGCCCAGCUUCCCCUCCUGCUGCGCCCGCCCUUGAAACCAAGAUGGGAGAGAGGACCAAACAGGGAAGUGGGAGAUUUCCCAAGCCCAUGACUGGCCCUGGUCGAAACACCUCCUCUCCCGGAUCCCCAUCUCUCGGCCUCAAAUUCUCAUUCUUGAAGGGGCAGAGGCAAGCUCCCGUGCCCCCCGAGAGAGCCUCGCUCCAGCAUGACGGGCCCUGGAAGGUCUUGUGUUCACUCUACUCUCCCAAACCCAACCGAGCCAAGUGCUUGGAGAAAGCUGGAACAACUCAGACCAAAACAUCUGGCCCAGCUGCUGACUCAGGCCCACUGGCUGGAGGAAAGGCUGAUUUCCCAGAAGCUGCUACAGAACAAGGCCCCACUCUGGAUGAGGAGCCACCAGGGCCUGAGCCCAGGAUCGGGGCUCUGAGUAUGGAGAUCAUCCACUCCCGGAUAGCGUGCCUGCCAGGUGGUCGGGACAGGGCUGGGCGGCCCCUGCUUCUGCUGUCCACCACCCAGGGGGCCUGGGAGGCACCAUGGUGCACAGCCUCCGAGGUCGCCAAGCUGCUCUCCUACCUGUGCACUGUCCCCAGGCCAGAAGAUAAAACCAAGGGGCUGGCGGUGGUGAUUGAUGCCAGGAAGCAGCCUCUACACCCUGACCUGGUCAACGCCUUGAAAGCCACCCAGGCUCUGGACCCAGCCUCCAUCCAUGUCAUCCUCUUCCUGGGGGAGAAGGAGACUGCUCUUCCGCUGGAGACAUUACCUGACGUCCAGGUGGAGGUGCUGACCUCCUUAAAGGCCCUCAGCCACCACGUGGACCCCAGCCAGAUGCCCACAGCCUUGGAAGGCUCCUUCCCCUACUGCCACAGCGAGUGGGUGCAAUUCUUCCAGAAGUCAGACCCUUUCCUUGCUGACCUCCGCCAGGCCUCCUCCCUGCUCCAGGCAUCCAUCAGGGAGUUUGAGAAGGGUGACCCCCGUGGAGGGGCACAGGAGGCCUCCAGGUGUCUGAACAAGUCCAAGGAGCUGAUGGAGGCCGUGCUGAGGGACCCAGUUCUGCUGGGCCUCCAGCGGGAAGGCGGAGCCACCCUGGCCAGGCUGCAGCAGGAGGCCAGCAGGCUGGACUUCAACCCAGAUGUCAGGAGCCAUCUGGCUGAAGCCACUGCCCUCUAUAGCCUCGUGGACGAACAGCUGCAUGUCCUGGUCACCACAUCUAAUCACCUCCUGGGGAGGCUCGAGCUCCGCGUCCGCAUGGGCCGUCUGGAAGCUGCCAUCCACCAGGUCAGCAACUGGAUGGAGCAGGAAGGAAGCCGGUGCCUGCAAGCGCUGACCCCCAAGGACGGAAGCCUGGAGUCAGUGCAGAAAGCCCACCUCGAAUUUGAGGACUUCUUCCUUCAGGCUGCAGCCCAGUACCGGCAAGGCCUGGAGCUGUCCAAGCAGGCGGCCCAGCUGGGAGCCUCAGCGGGCCCCGCGGCGGGCGGAGCGGAGCUGCCGGAGCUGGCCGCCUUUGCCUCCACGCAGCGGGCCUUCCAGGCCAAGCUGACCCACUUCUACAUGGCUGCUGAGCGGCAACGCACGGACCUGGAGACGCUGCUCCAGCUAUACCACUUCUGCAAGAAGAUGGCCUGGUUCCACAUGGACUGUCAGGACCUGAUGACCCAGCUCAGGCUGGGCAAGGACCCAAAGGCCAGCCCGGGGGGCCAGCGCCGCCUCCACCGCUACCUGCAACGACUGUCGUCCGAGUUCCCUGCUGAGAAGCUCACGGCCAUGGGGCUGCAGGUGGCCUCGCUGAGCCGGGAGGACCUGGGCCAGGACCUGUGGGAGGAGGCCCGGCUGAGACACGGGGAGAUCCGGACCCUCCUGAAGAAGGCACUGGCCCACUGUCCGUGCCCACUGGGCCCCAGCGCCCACUCGGCACACUUGGAGCUACAGCGGCCCGCCUCCAAGGGCCAAGGUGUGAAUGGAGAAGGCACCUCCACGGGAAAGCGGGACCCGCCCUUCCAGGACUGCCUGGGCCUGGAUCGGUCACCAAAGCCCCGUUGGCCUCCUCGGGCCGAGAGACGGGGGCAGAACAGACAUCUCCAGGCAGGCCCGCUGCCCCCGGACGCUGGCCAGGCCACAGAGGCUGGUGAAGGCAAGGGCCCUCGCGAGCCCCUUGAUCCUGCCCCUGAGCGGUUUCCCACCUCCCUCUUCUCCUGGCAGCGGCUCCCCAGGCAGAGGCAGAUCCCCCACCCCACCGGGGGCAGCUCCUCCUCAGAGGGGACAGACUCACGGACGUCUCUGGAGGACUCGCCCCAGACAAGCCCCCCUGCCUCCCUCUAG